CAUGGCCGUCGGUCAGUCGGUAUCGAACCGUCGCAUUACGCGAAGCUCCUACGACUCUUGUCUUAGGACCGCCGCCACUUUAAAACGAGAUUCGGAAUCUCGUGAACGUAAAGGACGAUUUUUUACCGAUGGCAUCGGCUCUCCGACCUUACGUACCCAUUGAGGUCGGUAGCGCCAAAGCGAUUUUUUUGCUUCAAAAACGGUUCUACCGGUUCGGAACGUGUCAUAUCCGGUAAUUCGGGCAAGGAUCGAAUGACUAUCGACAAGUAUCGAUCCUGGACCCGUCGAUAGGCAAGAGGUCGUUGUCGAUCCAUGACGUCAGUGAGAAUAGCUAUUGUACUUGUUGCAGGAAGCUUUUACACUUUUGUAAAGAAGAUUCUUUUGCAAAACCUUUCUCAGUUUUUAGUAUUUUUGUUCGAAAUAACGAUGUCGUUCUGAUAUAGUGCGCAUAUAAUUUCAUGAACGGUCAUCACUAAAAAUAUUUUUUUUGAUCGAGAAUUAUAAUAAAACUUCUAAAUUCAAAAAAUUUUCGAUUUGUAUACAUAUAUAAUGGAAUUUUAUUAUCUAUUAUUAGAUAGAAGCAAUGAAAGAUUAAUAUAUUCACAGAUUAAUAUAUUACUCAAGAAAAUAAAGACUAUUUUAAAAUAUUAUUUUGUGAUAAAUAUUAAAGUAUCUUUUUUUUUGUUUUCAGUAAUUUAAUUUACUUAUACAAUACAAUAAAAAAAAUAUAAUCAUUUCAAGUUAUUUGUUAAUAAACACAUUUUUUAAUUAAAAUGGAUUCUGGAGUGGGACAAGGAAAAAAACAAAUUCGUGUAGGAUUUUAUGAUAUUGAAGGUACCAUUGGCAAAGGAAACUUUGCAGUGGUAAAAUUAGCUAGACAUCGUAUUACUAAAACAGAGGUGGCUAUUAAAAUAAUUGAUAAAACACAAUUAGAUCCUACUAAUCUUGAAAAAGUUUAUAGAGAGGUAGAAAUAAUGAAGCAAUUAGAACAUCCACAUAUUGUUAAAUUAUAUCAAGUAAUGGAAACAAAAAAUAUGAUAUAUAUGGUGUGUGAAUAUGCAAGUAAAGGUGAAAUAUUUGACUAUAUUGCACGAUAUGGAAGAAUGGGAGAACCCAGAGCUCGUGCAACAUUUGCUCAAAUACUUUCUGCGGUUGAAUACUGCCAUGCAACGGGUGUAGCACAUCGUGAUCUCAAAGCUGAAAAUUUACUCUUAGAUGCUCAGAUGAAUGUUAAAAUUGCUGAUUUUGGUUUUAGUAAUAGAUUUUCACCUGGAGAAAGAUUAAGUACAUGGUGUGGAAGCCCUCCUUAUGCAGCACCAGAAGUUUUUCGAGGAAAACAUUAUGCUGGUCCUGAAAUUGAUGUAUGGAGUUUAGGUGUUGUAUUAUAUGUAUUAGUAUGUGGAGCACUGCCCUUUGAUGGAUCUACCCUUCAAUCUUUAAGAGAUCGUGUUUUAAGUGGAAGAUUUAGAAUUCCAUAUUUCAUGAGUACAGAUUGUGAAAGUUUAAUUCGAAAAAUGUUGGUUUUGGAACCUACAAAACGAUAUACUAUUCCACAAAUAAAGAGACAUCGUUGGAUGGCUGGAUCAGCAGAUACUAUUUGUUCAAUGAUUAUAACAAGAUCAUCAUCAUCUAUUCAAGAACCAAAUGAACAAAUACUUCGACUUAUGCAUAGUUUAGGCAUAGAUAUCACGCGAACUAGAGAGUCAUUAAGGAAUAGUAGUUAUGAUCAUCAUGCUGCUAUUUAUUUCUUAUUAUUGGAAAGAUUAAAACAACAUCGUGUCAGCAGCACUACAAAUAAUGCUUGUUGGCCAAGUGUUGCAAGAACAAAAGAAGACAAAUUCAAGUCAAGAACAAGGGAAGAUGCAACUCGAGGAGGAAAAAGAUUUAGUUCAACUAGUUCUUCAACUGAUGAAGGAUGCUGUAGUGCAGAAGGUGAUUUAGAGGAAGGUCCAAGUGGUGAUGAAUUGAGAGAAGCUCAAAUUAAACUCGAGGAACAUAGAUUAGGCCUAGAUCAAGAUAUUAGUCAACGAAUUGACAGUCAAAUAGUUAAUCGAAGAUUGAGUGAUUAUCAACAGCAUUUUGAUACCUCUCUUAUGGAUUCUAUUGAUCCUCCUAGUCGAACAACAUUGUUUAUUGCGGGUGGUAGUGGUAGUUCAUCAUCCGAGCUUUUUGAAUCUAGUUUUGAUUCUGGUUGCCCACCAGAUUACUCAGGAGCAAAUUCAUUUACGAGUAGCUUGCCUUCCUGCACGCCUCCACCACCUAUGAGUCCAUCGCCAAUUACCGGUAGAAUAUCAAGAGUUUCUCAAGGUCGUAGAGCUUCAGAUGGUGGACCCAGAUUAUUGUUUUUUCAACAAGGUGGAGGAGACAGACCGACUAAGCAGCGAAGUAUUCAAGAUUCUGGCAAAGCUAGAGGUCAUUUAGAUCUUGUUCAUUUAAGACCACCAUCUACACCACCAGAAAAUCAAGCACAAUUUAAAAUUCGUGGUGAUUCCAGUACACAGUUACAAUUGCUAGUGCAACAACGUAUGUUGCAACAAAAACGAAACUUAUAUCACAGACAUAGAGGUGGAGGAAGUCCAACUCCGAUACCGGUAUCAACAAGUACUACUAGACGCACUGAUCACGUACCAAGACAAGACAGUUAUAAACUAGCUCAAAGAACACAGAUCUUACCACCUUUAUCUCAGGGACAUGUUGAUAGAGACUUUGAUAGAGAAAGAAAACGAGAUGAAGAAAGAUGGAAAAGUUUACCAUCUCGACUUGCAGCAGAUUGUCAAUUAGCAGAAAGGACACUGCUGUGGAGCCAACAGAAGAAAAUAUAUCAGGUGGGUCUCAGUGGAGGAGCAUCAUAUUUGCCACCUGGCAGUGUAGGUGGUUUCUUAUGGCCCACUGGAAGCAACCCUCAUUCAACCAUCUUCGAAAACGUUGGAGAUCCAAUGGAAUAAACAUCUACCUUGUUGUAUUUUUAGUAUUGGAGAUUUUGAGUCUGAAAGACUAGAUUAGAUAUACAAAAUACAAUAAGCAGUAUUGCCUUCCUAGACUUUCCAUAUCAGUAUUUUUAUUUUUAUGAUUAUGUAUUCUAUUGUAUCUAUUUUUUACGUAUUCAAGUUGUUAUAUAAAUUUCAUUAUAAAACUGUUUCCUCUAUAAUAUUCUAGCUUUCAUACGCAAAAUCUUUAAUUAAAUGGAAGGUACAUGAUACUAAAUGUCAAAGAUUUGCUUUUAUUCAAAUUCGGUUUUUCCAUGUGCUUUGAGCAUCACAUUUUAUCAUAUAUUUAUAUAUUCAUAUAUUUCAUUCAUAAAAUAAUGACAUAUUUCGUGCAUAUAUAACGAAUAUUGUUAAAAAUCUUUGUCAUAUAGUAGCAUGUGCGCCUGCCUUAUUAAUUGGCUGAUUUUCUCAGUCAAAUAUCCAAUUAUAUCAUAGACUGAUAAUUAACAAGAAAAAACACCAACCAAGUUUAUAUUCAUGAGCAAGUGGCAUAUGUCUUGUUUUAUAAUGGCUAUAUUUAAUUGAAAGCAUAAUAUGUAUGCAUAUUUUAAUGAUAAUUAAUAAAAAAUACUUUUGAUAUGUUUCUUGAAUACAUUUCAGUAAAUUAUCAUAUAAUGAUAACAAUGUAUUAUUUAUAUGUAUUAUUAUUUUUAUAUUAUAUUUUAUAUUAUAAAGUAGUCAAUCAGAAUCAGAAGAUAAUAUAUAAAAAUCGAUCGAAAUUUAUGAAUUUUAUAACUUUCAAUUGAAUAUUUGAUAAAUAAUUAAUUAAGAUAUAUAAUCCAAGCAAAAUUUAGAAAAUAAAACAAAAAGAAUCAAUGCUCAAUAAAAAAAUAUAAUAAUAAAAUGUAUGUAAAAUAAAAACAUAAUAUACUUCAUCAAAACGUACGAAAUAAAAUUAAUUUAAACUUAAAUACAAGAACUAUGCCACUUAUGCUUUUCUAUGCUAUUUAUUGAAGAGUGGAGUUAAUAAAAUGAAGAAACCAAGUUAAAAUUUUUUGUUAUACAUUUUUAUUAAUAUCUAUUCUAAUAAUAUUGUACAAAAUUAAUGUUUCGUCAUUCCACUCUUCAUUAUGAUCGUUAUAGAAAAUUAAGAAAUAAUAAAACAAUAAAUAGUGAUAAAUAGUAGCUGCUGUUUAAAAUAAAGAAAAAAGUGCUGCAUUCUGUAAAAAUGUUUAAAUAAAAUUAUUGUAUACAUAAUAUUUAAAAUAACUAUAUGACUGUUUAUAUUUUGAAUUAUAUGUUUUGUAUAUUUUAUUAUUUUCUAUAUAAAAAUACAAAUUGCAUCAAAUUAUUAAUACUAUAUUUUGCAUAAAUGUAAGUACAACAAUUUUAUUCAGAACAAAAUAGUUCUGCUACAUGAACUUUUACACAAUUAUUAUUAAAUGGAAAGAAAUGAAAUUAAUUUUAACUUAAAUAUGUUUAUAUGUAAAUUUUGACGAAUGCAACACUUUUUAAAAGCAAAUAUGUAUUAGAUUUUAGUAGUCAGUAGGAAGCAAUACCGGCCGCGCACAACUGACAACGACUUUAAUAUUCAAAUUUUCCGCCAUUUUUUACCCAACAAAAACAAUCAAACUUCGCUCAAAAAAUCUUUUGAUAAGUAAAAAAAAUAGCUGUUAAGUUAGCAUAAUCAUGCGAGAUCUUGUUCUGGAUAUUAUUCUCGAGAAGACAUUUCGAAAACUGUUUUAGAGAAAUUCAAAGGGAAUUGAAAAAUCAAUUUUGGUAUUGUUACGUAUUUUCAUCCAUGUCUUUUUUAGAAUGAUAAAAAUUCAAAAAUGCAUAAAAUGUAUAUCAUUUAUAAAUAUUAAUUUAUCAUUAAAUAAGUUUAUUUCACUAAAAUAUCAUUGAAUUUUGCAAGAUUAUCUUUACUAGCAGUAAAAAUAUUUGCAAAAAUAACAAAUAUGAAAUUAUUAUUUGGCGAUAUAUUGUCCAAUUAAUACAUAUAAGUACUUUGUAAAAUAAUUAUUUACCAUCAGUUAGUGUGAUAUUGAAAAAAUAUAGUAAAAUAAUCUAAUUAUGCAAAAUCAAUAAAAAUAUGCAAUACACUCCAUUUAUAAUUGAAACAGACUGUUUUUGUAUUUGCAAUAAAUUAAAUAUUUUGUACUUAAUAUAUGAUUUUUUAAAGAUCAUAUAUGAUGGUAAAUAAUUAAUGUUUAUAAAUUACAAAAUUGUCAAGAAAUGUAUACAUUGUGCGUAUCAGCAUAUUGAAUAAAACAUUAUGUAAAGUAUAA